CGCGGCCGCUCGGCGGCAGUCUGUGCACAGCCGCCGCCCGCACGUCACCGCUGCGAUGUGAACGCCUAACCUCGCCAACUGUCUAAAACGACAGCUUCUGUUGCGUGUGCUAAGUUCCCCCAUUAACUAUUUUGUGUUCCGAUAACUGUUAAACGAGCGCCAGAUACAUCUGGAUAUUCUUUCUGUGGCGACAUUGAUGGAGUUCCGCUUGGACAGCGCGGAGUACUGCCAGGCCCAACACAAAUAAACUAGCGGCGGACCGCCGAGCUGAGACCCAUGCAGCCGGGAGCAAGUCUGCACCCCAUCUUUAUGACAGUCCAGCUACCUUAAAUUCUGUAGCCAUCGCAAAUCGGAGCAUAUCAUUCAGUUCGGAGCGACUUUAUGUUCGCGUAACUUCUUUAAGUUUCAUUCCACAUUUUGAACUUUAGUUUAACCGUCUCCGAAUGUGCGCUAGUGGUUGAAAGCGACAUCCAUGCGGGUGGUUCUCUUGAUAUAAUAGGACCCUUUCUAAAUAAAAGUCACGAAACUGCCGUGUGUUGUGUGGAAAUAGAGUGACAAUUUGCCUGUUGUCGGACGGACCGAAGUGAAGUGAACACCAGUGUUGACCGUAGCGAGGAAGACCAAGACCAAUCAUCAUGAAGCAGAAGGAUAUCCGGCCGGCGCCCUCGCUAAUCGAGUACAAGGGUAUGCGGUUCCUGAUCACGGACCGCCCCUCUGACGUCACCAUCCAGUCGUACCUACAGGAGCUGCGCAAGCACAACGUGUGCGUCGUGGUCCGCGUCUGCGAGCCCAGCUACGACGUCGGCCCGCUGAAGGCCGAAAACAUCGAGGUCCGCGACUUGGCCUACGACGACGGUACCUUCCCGCCCGCCAACGUCGUGGACGAGUGGUUCGAGAUCCUGCGCGAUAAGGCCCAAAACAAGCCAGAAGCGGGCGUAGCAGUCCACUGCGUUGCCGGCCUCGGCCGGGCCCCAGUGAUGGUCGCCAUCGCGCUGAUCGAGCUCGGCAUGAAGUACGAGGAGGCCGUCGAGACCAUCCGAGACCAACGCCGCGGCGCCAUCAACUCCAAGCAGCUGUCGUACCUGGAGAAGUACCGGCCCAAGUCCCGCCUCAAGAAGAACGGUCACAAGAACUCCUGCUGUGUGCAGUAACAGCUGAUCCAGCUCUGUGUCCACACACACACACACACAUGCGAAUACUACACUAACAUUUUUGAACACUUUAUUUCCUUUUUUUGAGGUUAGGACUAUGUUUAACCUUUUGAGCGCUUGAAUCUACUUAAAAUAGUAAAAUGUACUUACUUUGUCGGUUAUAGACGUAGAUUUGGACAAAAUAAUGAGAAAUUAUUCUGAAAUUAAACAUAAAAAUGGUAAAAACAUAAUAUUUUGAUUAUGACCAAACUUGUCACAGUUAUAACAGUGAAUAUACUCUAUUUUUUCUUUGUUUGAAUCUAUCCUUAAAUAUUUUCAGUAGGUAAAUUUAAUUUUUGCAUGGUCAAAUUAUUUCCGGCCGCUCAAAAGGUUAAACCAAAGUUAUAAUCUCCGCUGUUAAAUCUCGAGUUUUCUAUGAAAUUUAAUGGGAGCCUUGUAUAAGAUGUUUGUAUGUCCAAAAGGUCCCUCGUACUGUGUAUUAGUGGAAUAAUAUGUUAGAAGAGCCACGAUUUGUGUUCAGUGAGCAAUCCUACUCGGGUAUAUACUUUCAAUCAUAAUAAAAUUCAAUGCCCAUAAUAAAAUAAAAUAAAAACAACAGUCUGUGACAUGUUUAUUUCUGAUUUUCCGUAAUUGUGGUGACUUCAUGAUAUUUUUUACUUAAAUAUUAUAUUUGUAGACACUUUAUGAUUUAUAAUAAAAAUGAGACAUAAUAUAGAAAAAUCUUGAUGGUUUUUUUGUGUUUCACUAGACAAUUGAUAUCUUUGACAAGCAAUUUGUUAUAAAUUGUGUGCUUUUUGUAUUGAUAUACGAUUGUACUCUAAAUGUUACUUGAAACAAGCCCUGGGCAUAGCAAUCCAUGUUAGCGAAUAAUCAAUUACUAUAUGAAAUACAGAAAGAUCUAGUAUGACGACUUGACACGAAAAUCCAAUGAAAUAUGCAGUUUGAUAUUAUUUUUCUAUUUCUAAUUUUAUGAAGAUUAUUGAAAUGUAUGGAUCAUGUAACUACGGUACAGUCGGCAUUCUUAAAUAAAAAUAUAAGCAAAAA